CAGGUUGCGCAGAAGGAUGCGACGAAGACUGGAUGAAGUUUAAAGAUGAUGCACAAAGCGCGCACUGCACGUGGCUCCAGUAGAGCUGCAUGGCUUAAAAAUAGAGCUGCAAGCGAGACACCUAGUUUCUCUGUCUGCGAUGCCUGGACGAUCUGCAUGCUUCUGGCUGUGCAUCCAAUUCCUCGGUCUCUUCACCUGCAUGACCUGUGAGCCAGCCAGCGGAGAGGCAGAGGACGCGGGCUGCUGCCUUCGGCUCGUCCUGGUAUUACCGUCAUCAUUAGUUUAAUCCAGGGGAUCACACGGCGGCUGCUGAGUCCAGCUUGCAAGAUGAACUUCAAGAACUUCAGGGAUUACCUGGCCUGGCUGUACUAUCAGUACCUGCUCAUCACAGGCAUCUACGUCCUGGAGCCCUGGGAAAAAUCCAUCUUCAACUCGAUCCUCUUCUCUGCCAUAGCCAUGGUAAUCUACACCUCAUAUGUCUUUGUGCCCAUCCACGUGCGCCUCGCACUGGAGUUUUUCUCGCAGAUCUUUGGCGGCCAGCCUGAGAGUGCCAUGGCCCUCAUGAACUAAAAGAAGGGGAGUCAAGAGGCUGUGAAAGGGUGAGAUUAUUAACCACAAGUCCCCAACUCAUUUCUCAACUUCUGGAGUUCGUCCUUCUUAUAAGACUGAAAUCAUGAAGAUCUUCAUGGAAUAAUCUGGAAAUCAGAGCCAUACUGUCUUCUUUACAUCCCUAACCUUCUGGCCUUACCCCAUGGUGUUAGACUCAUUAUUGUUGCCACCUCGCUUUAAAACAGCUUGUAAAAUGUUGUUGGUCCUAUUUUGUUUUUUUUCCCGACCACAUGUUCUGUGUGAGUGCAUCCCACACCGGGGUUUUUGCAUGAUAGGGUCAUAAGUGGGUCAUAGCCAGGCCAAAUAUCACCUGUGAUAAUUUUGGAUUUUACAACUUUAGCUGUUUAAGAAAUCACUAUUCUUUAAUAUGUAGUGCACCAUUCUGACCCCCAGCCAUUUAAUAUGCACUAUUUUUGAAUUAUGUAAUAUAUUUCUGCUUCAGGUUUUUAUAAUGGAAUGAAAAAAAAAAGAAAAAAGUUUUUGGUAUGAACACUACUUCUGCUUGCAUGCAUUUUACAAAUGAGGAAUUUCAGGUUGUCAGAAUCCUGUCAGUGAUGAUAAUGAUUCAUUAGUGUGUGAAUAAUAAUUUCCCUGAACUUUUGACUGUUUACUACAUGGGGAUCAAGUGAGUGGUUUCAAACAGCCUUAGAAAAAAACCCUUCAGAGCAGCAGGUAAGAUUAUACACCUUUAUUGAAGGGCUGAGGAGGACUCUCUGUGAGGUUUAGAAUGAACUGGAUGUGUAACACUAACCCCUUUAAGUAUUCUGUUUAUGUGCCACAUACAGUAAGUGGCACCAUGUUAUCCCGAACUGUGAAUUGUUCUUUGAUCAAAAUUUGAGUUUGUACUCAUCCCAACAUUUCAAGCAAGCACUUAAUGUUACUGGUUGAUCGAUGGUUUUGUAUCUGAACCACUAUCACCUUUUUUGUAUUUGCCAUCAUGCACCUUGAUGCUAACAGGCAGGAUUUUUAUUGCACAUUUCAAGUCACUAUAUGGCUGAUCUUAAAAAAAGAGAGAUCACAGAAUUACCCAAACUAUGCAAUAAUUAAUAGAGAGUCACGGUCUCUUAGUGUUUGUCCUAGGCUUACAUUUACAGAUUUACUGAUCAAAGUGAGUACCAUUAGGAAUAUAUGUGUUUCGAGGCCCUAUCUUUAUCUCCUGUUUUUAACUGUUGGUAUGUCCCAAAGGCGUGCUCUGCCCUGAGCAUGAGCAAAUAUUGAUGCAGCACGCCUUUGUGUUUUAGGCUUGGCUUUGUUAAUGACACAGCUUUUUCAUAAUCAACAUCUGAAGUCAAAGCUGGCACGUAUAAAAUGUAAUAAUCAGCAGUCAAAACAUCCUACAUGGAAAGCCAACAUUGUCUUCUUUACCUAUUGUUGACCUAUAUAUAUGGAACCAGAGAGAGAAUGAGUGCUUUGGGCCAAGGGCUCGCUGAUCUAAUCCUAAUCUGUAAAUGAACUUUAUUUAUAUGAAAUGAUAUAUUUAUAUAUAAUGGUAAAUGCUUGGCUGGUUACAAUGUCAAUUACCAAACUUCUUUGAUUAUUUAUAUCUGUGUUCUCUUGUGGCCAUCAAAGAAACAACACAGAAUUUGUUCUUUACUUUAUUUCCCCGUCUGAAAAAGCUUUUAUAUUUUUCUCAGUUUGUGUCAUGUCAUUUUACUUUUGUUAAAAACGUACUAUAGUCUGAGACAUUUCCUGUACCUAGAAUGAAGCACGCUUUGAGAGGCUUUUUUUUUUCCACCUAAAUGAAUAUUAUAUUUCUACAUCAAAGAAACACAUCACU